CUCCAACUACAGAUUUUCUCAAGAGAACUGAUCGUUGAAGGUUUUAAACCUUGCAGAGUACACGAAUAUUGUGUUUUAUUAAGUUAUAAUUAAGAAAAAAAGGAAUUUAAAGAGUCCGCUUGAGUAGAGCGACUUCCAAACGAACAUUAAUCGCGAAGAAUAUUCGAAACUCAGAAGUUUCAUUCGAGCGCAUGCGUUGUUUUAUCUGAGGAAACGGAGUUCAUGAUUUUAGUUUGAUCUGAAGAAAACUAAUUUUUGAUCGGAGCGAGAUAUAUUCAUGGGAUCGUCGAAUAACGAUCAAAACCCUAACAACACCAAUCUUUUCCGAAAGCAUACAUGGCACCCGGAAACGAAUGAUUUAAAGAGAGAAAGACGGGCUAGUGGUUUACCUGGGGAUUUCAGUGGAACAGCUUCGGAAUCGGACCAGUCGGAUUCUUUCCGAAAGCGAAAUUACAGUGUCGGUGACUAUGUCAUUUCAAAUGGAUCAAACGGUGCAGGAGGAAGUGCUUUAACUCACUCAUGGACAUUUCAACCCGGUCGACACAACCAGGGUUUGUAUUCUAACAAUUUCCGGGAAGCCCAACGCCAGUGGAAACGCUUACAGGAGUGGGGUGAAGUAAAAGAAACGAAGAAAAUAAAAAAACGGUUUGAUCGAUUCUCUGGUCGCAAGUUCAUUAACGACUAUGAAAUUCUCAGUGAAAUAGGUCGCGGCAUGCACGGAAAAGUCAAAUUGGGACGUGAAGUGAAUACCAAGGAAUUAUUAGCUAUAAAGAUUAUCCCCAAAACGGAACGUCGUCCCAAACUAGGACGUGCUAAUUCUGGAAGCCAAAAGGAGAAAGUGCGUCGCGAAAUUGCUAUCCUAAAAAAGUGCAUUCAUCCAAACGUGGUCCGUUUGCGUGAGGUUAUUGAUGACCCAAAUUCUACAAAAGUUUAUUUGGUCCUUGAAUGCAUGAAUGGAGGCGAAAUUCAGUGGUCAGAAAACCAGUCUCCUUUUUUAUCAGUCGAACAGGCACGCCAAUAUUUCCGUGAUGUGGUUUGUGGCCUUGAAUACCUUCACUAUCAGGGAAUCAUUCAUCGAGAUAUCAAACCUGCCAACCUUCUUUUGAGUUCUUCUGGGUGUGUGAAGAUAUCCGAUUUUGGGGUUUCCUAUAUAGCGCGCAGCGGUUUAAACGAAGAAAAUGAUGUUGAACUCGUAAAAACCGUAGGUACGCCGGCCUUUUUUGCUCCUGAACUAUGUUGGACGGACUUAGACCGUCCUAGGCCGAAAAUAUCCGAAGCUAUCGAUGUCUGGGCUUUAGGUGCUACUCUUUUCUGUCUUUUGUUUGGCCGGUGCCCUUUUCAAGCAUCCAUGGAAUAUGAGUUGUUUGAUAAGAUCGUUAAUGAGCCCUUACAGAUUCCUAAUGUCCCCGAUAUAGGAGACGAUGGUCGUGAUUUGCUUAACAGAUUACUAGACAAAGAUCCGAAUACUCGUAUAACGUUAGCUGAAGUGAAACGUCACCCAUGGACAAUUCGUGAUAUGCCAGACUUUGAAGAUUGGUAUAAAGGUACGAACCCUGAAGCAAGCGGCCGUGUUGAAGUAUCCAAUGACGAAGUUGCUUCUGCUAUUAGUUUGGUGGGUCGUUUGCGUAGGAAGCUUGGUAAGCUUUUUCAUUUUCGUCGGCCAAAAACACAAGAACCGGAAUCUUCUACAUCCCCUUCUGAUUCUUCCUUGCGUAGGGAACCUGAUAAUGCCAGUAAUUCGUCUCUUGCUCUAUCACCGACACAGUUAUCUGAUUCAUUCAAUCACAUGUCUGUGGAUAAACAAGAUAAAAACGCAGGUGAAUCCGAAGAAAGUAGUAAGAAAGCUAAUACUGGUGAGGAAGUUCAGCACUUGGAGAAACCUAAAAUUGAUUUUAAUUGGGACCGAUCCCCCAUGAGUGAAAUUUCGAACCCGGUUGAAGAGAAUGCUAAUAUAAUACCUGAAGAUGAUUACGAUGAGGACGAAUCCUUUGACGAUCGUACUCCGGAUUCAUUGAGGAUGCAUUCAGGAGAAGCCGGUUAUGAUGUCUAUUGUCAACCUCCUACAGAUAUACACGACAAUCACAUGGAUUAUUCCAACCGGGCCGAUUACGACAUAAAAAGAGAACAGGUCCCGAUGGUUGCUUGGCGUGACUAUGAACAUUUAAACAGGUCUCGUCCGGGAGAGGAUCCGAACUAUAAUUCAAUAUCAGGUUUUUUAUCUGCAAAUGGUUUGCCCAUGAGCCAAGCUCCAGGUACUCCUCCGUAUAUCUUUGAACAUCCCAUGACUUCGAGUCACUAAGCUUUUGUUGAUUUAAUUGUUGACUCGAUUUUUUCCUUUUUGAUAUUGUGUUUUUGUAUUUGUGUUUUUAUAUGUUUGGCUUUGCAAUGGUGAGUUGUCAUUCGUUUUUUAUUAAUGUCAUUAUGCGUUCGUCUGAAGUUGCUUGUUAUGGAGAACACACUUACUGAUAUGUUCGCCAUAAACGUUUGGAUUAUGGAGGAACCGUAUCCUUAGGUAGUGUUUGAUACAUUCCAUUCGUUUUAUUUAUGAUUCGACUAUUGUUAUGUUUGAGAAAUUAAAUAUAUUUCAUUGAGUUGAAUCUUUUGAUCUUUCAAAUUAAACACAAUACAUAAAAAAUUUAAAUAUCCUUUGUUAAAUAAAGUUGUCUACCGAAAUGAUGAAAAAGAGAAACGAAUAUUAAAGACAUAAAAC